AUGUCGACCAACGGCAACGCCAUGUCCACCAAAGACUGGAUACUAAAGAAUUUCCUGAUCCUUGGCCUUUUGGCAGUCAUCACAUUUGGCCUGCUAUGCCCUGCACCAGGCGAAGCCUUGGAUGAGAUUCAGUUCGGCACCUUCCGCUUACCCCAGGUCGCUGUGAUCGUGAUUUUCGUGGUGAGCGGCCUAUGCUUGGACUCCAUCUCAGAGUGCCUGCAGUACAAGGCCUUAGCGCUGUCCAUUUUUCUGGUGCUUGGCGUGACACCGCUCCUGGCAUGGCCGAUUUUGCAUUUUGGGCAAGGCUAUGCCAAUGAGACCUUGCUCCAGGGCCUGGCAGUUUUCUGUGUGGUUCCGACCACCCUCUCAUCUGGCGUUACCAUGGUGACUCAAGCAAAGGGCAAUGUGUCGCUGGCCGUCCUGCUGACCACUAUCACGAAUCUGAUGGGUGUGGGGACGAUGCCGUGGUCGGUGUCCAAGAUCUUCGCGGCCUCGGUGGAGAUCAAGCCUUCGCAAAUGCUAUUCGAGCUGUUGUGGCUGACUCUGGUGCCCUUGGUGGUCGGAAUGGGACUCCGUGAGGUUUUUCCAGUAGCCAAGUCCUUUGCCAAGACCAACAAGAAAGUUCUUGGGCUUUGCCAGAACAGUUGCAUCCUUCUGGUGGUGCUGCUGAUGACCUCCAGUGCGCAGCCCCAGAUCGUGACCACGGAUUCCUCGGACCUGUCGGUCGCCCUGGCCAUUGCGGCCGGCAUCCACCUGGUAUACCGGGUGGUGGGCUACUUUUCGGCGACCGCUGCCAUGCUGGAGCCACGAGAAUGGGUCACGGUGGUUCUGAUGUCUAGCCAAAAGUCUUUGCCAGUGUGUGUCUCUGUGAUGUCUGCACUGCCUCCAAGCCUCCGCAAGCACUCGGGGCUCAUGAUCGUGCCCUGCAUCAUGGCCCAUGCAUCCCAGCUGAUCAUCGACUCUAUCUUGGCUGUUCGGUGGGAGGUCAUGGAAGAGAAGAAGGCUCCGCUCCUGGGCGCAUGA